AUGGUGGCGCCCAGGGCCCUGGGGGUCCUGCUACUCCUGCAUCUGGCCCCAGAUGAGGGAGAUUUCACACGCAGAGAUGAAAAGCCAAGAAAUGUCUGCCAGGGCUUCGCCAAUAUGAACUCGUAUGAAGACUUCGACCUUAACAGAACUGCUGGUUGCUUCUCAAAAUGUACACAUUCUCAGGAGGAACUCUGCCAUCUGGGAAACUUGCAGAGAUAUUGGCUGAACUUCGAGACCUAUCUGGCGGAGAGGAGUCAGACGGACACAUUGAAUACGUCUUUUUUGACGGCGCUUGUCAAAAGCAUCAACACCAACGUCUCAGAAGACCUGUACUUCUCUCUGAACCCCUCUCAGAUUCCGAAGCAGGUGACCAAGGAUGAGCACCAGCACCCUGACAGAGUCCGGCUGCCCAAGAGCCUUUUCAGAUCCCUGAAGAGCGACAGGCCGAUGGUCCGGUUGGGCAUAGUCGUCCUGGACAUCGGUCCAGGGAAUGUCUUCAAGGGCUCCCUGCUCAGCCGGGAGGAUGGCAGCAGCGUGUUGAACAAUCGCACGGUGGGCUUGACUCUGGGUCACAUAAAAGUCACCAAACUGGCUGAGCCUUUGGAGAUCACCUUCUCCCACCAGUACCAGCCCCCCAACAUGAACCUCAGCUGUGAAUUCUGGGAUGCGACUAAAGGAGACUGGUCUUCCAAGGGCUGCUCCACUGAGGUCGGAGUCCGCAGGACUGUCUGCCGCUGUGACCACCUGACCUUCUUCGCCCUGCUGCUGAGGCCGACCUUGGAUGAGGCCACCGUGAAGGCCCUCAUACACAUUUCCCAGGCUGGCUGUGGAACCUCCAUGAUCUUCCUGGCCUUCACCAUCGUCCUCCAAACUGUCCUGAGGUUCUCGCGGCAGAGGUUCAAGUCUGAAGAUGCCCCCAAGAUCCAUGUGUCCCUGAGCAUCAGCUUGUUUCUCCUGAAUCUGGCCUUCUUCAUCAAUGUGGGGCAACGCCUGAAGGGGUCCGAUGCUGCCUGCUGGGCCCGGGGGGCCAUCUUCCACUACUUCCUGCUCUGCGCCUUCACCUGGAUGAGCCUGGAAGCCUUCCACCUCUACCUGCUCGUCAUCAAGGUCUUUAACACCUACUUCAGCCACUACUUCCUGAAGCUGAGCCUUGUGGGCUGGGUCCUGCCUGCCCUAAUAGUCAUCGGUACUGGGAUCGCCAACAGCUACGGCCCCUACUCCAUCCGUGAUGAGAAGAACGUCACCACGCUGGAGCUGUGCUGGUUCCGUGAGAAAAUUGCCCUCUACGUCACCGUGCACGGCUAUUGCCUCAUCGUUUUCCUCUUCAGCGCGGCAAUCCUGAGCCUGGUAUCUUGGAAGAUCUUCACUCUCUCGAGUGCCACAGCGGGCAAGGAGAAGGGGCAGCACUGGAAGGGGGUCCUCACCCUGCUGGGCCUCUCAUGCCUGGUGGGCCUGCCAUGGGGGCUGGCCCUCCUCACGUCCCUGGGCCCGUUCACGGCCUAUGUCUUUGCGCUGUUCACCUCUCUGCAAGGUGUCUUCAUCUUCUGCUGGUUCAUUAUCCUCUACUGCCCAAGUCAGAGCACCGUGACCUCAUCUUCUGGCACUGCCCGGGUUGACCAUGCCCACACCGUGUCUCAAGAAUAGAGAAAGGCCAUGUGGCCAGGCCGAGCCUGCCCUGCGCUCUGGACUCAGCUCUAAUUUGCCAUGUGACCUGGGGGCGGGGAGAAGGGGGUCCCUGCCUCCUGGGCCUCAGCGCCCUUCUCUGUACAAUAUGACUUGGGAGCCAGGGGAUGGGAAAUAUGUUGGGCCAUGUUGUCUCAAAUGUCUUAUCCAGAUACCCCUAUGGGUCUGAGAGUUCACAGAUCCAGGACGGCAGGAGUCUCAAGUCCCUGUGAUCCUGAGACCCCUGCCAGCACAGAGCGACACCCUCACCCUGCCCCCACACCAACCCCCCGCCCUCAGCGAAAUGGCCUCCUAGUCUCAGAAAGCCUGAGUUCCAGUAAGGAAGUCAGCCCUUGGCUGCCUCCUGAAGGAGUCUCCAGCCGCUCCCCUUCCUUCCUUCCCCUCAUCACUGCCCUCCCACAGCUCCGCCCUUGGGCCGCCUGUACCUGAGGGGACACUCAGGGGCCACAGCCCACUCAGGCGUGGGGGGCUGCUGUGGACUGGAGGUUUGUUUUGAGGGGGUGAGGGGGUUGCUCCUCCUCUGGUCUCACCUGGCUCAGCCACUCUCUCCAAGGCCCAUCCUCACAGAGGUCUCCCUGCCGCUCAGGGGCGCUGGGAGCCCCUCAGGUGCUGGGGACCCUGAAUAUCAAGGAAUGCCACUUACUCAGUAGGUGGGCUACCUCAAGCAGUCCCCAGUCCCUCCUCUGGACUGCCUCGCGGGUGGCCCUGAUACUGACCAGGGUCCUUGGCCUUUCUCAAUCAACAGACGUUGAUGGGAGGCCAGAUGGGCAAGGCUUUAUUGGGGCCCCUGCUGCAGCAGGGAAAAGUGAGAACUAACAACAGGUUGCCUUGCUUGCUCGCUCCCUGAGGGCAGGGGUGGCGAAGCCAAUUCCUUUCAUGGGGUGAGGGUAGGGGUAUGUUCAGGGGCUGGGCUGGAAGCCUGACUUAGGUGUUUGCCCUUCCUUCUGGUGGUGCUGAGCACAGGGGCCAUGCACAGUACUAGCUUUUUUUCCCCAACACCCUGUUUUUAUUCCUGGCUCUUCAGAAGUGGCAUUAGGGACUUUUUUAGUUUUUUGUUUGGUUCUGUUUCUUUUGUCCGGAAUUGGCCCCAACUGCACAUGCACGCAGUUAUGUUUAGUCCCAUAUAGCUUCUCUGCCAGAGAAGGCAAUGGCACCCGACUCCAGUACUCUUGCCUGGAAAC